AUGUUGCUGGGCUGCCCCGGCGCAGCUUUGCGAUGCUCUUGGGCAGACGCCCUGCAGAGUUGUACAGAAACCAGGCAGGCGCAGCUGCAGACUGACCUGCUGGACCUCAACAGCGCCAUCAGCGCCUGUGAGAAGUCCGCGGCGUGGGAAGGGGCGCUCCGCCAGCUCCGGUGCGUGGAGACGCUCACCUUGCAGCCGAGCCUGGUCUCCUUCAACGCUUCGCUGAGCGCCUGCGGCAAGGCCGAGCGAUGGCAGGAGGCCCUGAAGCGAUGUGCCGAAAUCCAGGAGGCCCGGGUGCGGCGCGACGUCAUCAGCUUCAACGCCACGGCGAGCGCCCUUGGGAGGGGCUCGCAGUGGCAGCGGUCUCUCCUCCUGGCCUUAGAGGAGCUGGUCCUUGUGGGCCUCCUGCCCUCCGUGGUGACCUUCGGAUCGGCGAUCAGCGCUUGUGAGAGGCAAGCGCGCUGGGAAGAGGCGAUCGCCUUGCUGUCACAGGUUGAGGAGGCUCGGUUGCGGCCAUCGGUUGUGGCCUACAACUCUGCCAUCAGCUCCUGCGAGAAGGGCGAGCACUGGCAGCUGGCCCUCCACUUGCUGGGAGAGCUUUGCGAGAGGCAGCUGCAGCCCAGCACGGUGACCUGCAACGCGGCCAUCAGCGCCUGUGAGAAGUCCGGCCACUGGCAGUCGGCCCUGGGCAUCUUCAGUGACAUGCAUCCUCGGCAACUUCCCCCUGAUGUGAUCACCCUGAACGCGUGCGUCGCCGCCUGUGCCAAGGGCUCCCAGUGGCAGCGGGCAGAGGCCUUACUGCGGGAGAUUCCAGAGCGAGGACUUACACCUACCCUGGUGACGUACAGCUCGGCCCUCCACGCCUUCGAGCGGGGGGAGCAAUGGCAGAGGUCCCUGUCCCUGCUCCGGGAGAUCCAGAGAGAGCGCCUGGCUGCGGACGCAGUCUCCUUGAAUGCGGCCCUGAGCGCCUGUGAGAAGGCCGGCGAAUGGGAGGCGGCCCUUGCGCUGCUCGCGGACCUGGGCUCACAACAGCUGCAGCCGACGCUGGUGACCUGCAACGCGGCCAUGAGCGCCUGCGAAAAGGCAGAGCUCUGGCACGAGGCCUUGCAUCUCUUCGAGGAGGCAUCGAAGCGUGGCCUGGAGAGGGACGUGAUCUCUUUCAACGCUCUGCUGAGCGCUCUGGGCAAGCGCUUGGAGUGGGAAAAGGCGCUCUUCUUUUUCCAAGACCUCAAGGCCAAGAGAAUGCGGCCGUCGGCCGUGACGCACCCCGGCUUCCUGCGCUAG